UCAGCACAGAGCAUGAGAGCUAUAUAAGCUGGCCCCUUCGUUUAGUCUGGGUCCUGCCCGACACAUUUGUUUCACAAAGAGCUGAAGAUUAAAGCUUUCUGCAGAAGAAUCCUGCUGUUGUUGCGUGCUGUUCUUGCCGGCGAGGACGGGGCGCGCGACAAGUGGUGCCGAAACCUGGGAACCAGAACAUCACCGGCACAGGGAGGACCCUUCAGACAUCUGGAGAGGAUUCAGAACUGCAGGAUUGAAGAAAACCCGGAGUGGUAAGUUCCGAGAGACGCGCUUUUAAGGGUAGGGGCUGAUGGUUCUCGGUAGAUAAAGAGACACUAUGGGAAACGCGCCGUCAUUAGUCACAGCGCUGCAGACAGCGCUCAAAGAGCGAAAUUUGAAGGUCUCCAGCAAAGUCUUAGGAUCUUUUGUGAAGGAGGUAGACCGCGUCGCUCCCUGGUUUAUCUGUUCAGGGUCCCUCUCCAUCCCGAGUUGGGACAAGUUAGGGAAAGAUCUUGAUAGAGAAGAAGAAGAGGGACACUUGAGAGGAGGCACUAGACCACUAUGGAAGCUGAUUAGAGCUUGCCUACAAGAUGAAAAAUGUGAAAAGGUGAUAAAGGCAGGACAGAGAGCUUUGACAGAGAUCCAAGAAAGCAUGUCAGAAACGGAACGGGAGACAGAGCUAGCUCGCGGCCGAAAGAGGACCGCUAAAAUGAAAGUUAAAAAACCCCAGAGUGAGGGGGAAAGUCCGCCCAGGGCAAAAGUGAAAGAGCCCCGAGGAGCAGGUGACGACCGCCUCGGAGAAAGUAGCAAGUACCCAUGGGAAGAGUUGAGAGAGCUUCAACUCUCCGACAGGGAGCCAGAGGAGGAGCUCAUAUCCUCGGAAGAGGGGGGAGAGACCAGGACCGUGAAAUGCGGAAGUGAGAGAACUAGCAAGGCUGAAAGGCAGACCAAAGAGAAAAUGAAAGCAGGGUGCUCUCCGUCGCCCACUGCUCCGCCACCUUAUGUGAGCGGUACACAUACUUUCUGUCACCCAGAUACCAUACAAGCAAUUAAGCAAAUGUUCCCUGUGUUUGAGGACAACGGGGUACGCUCCCACCAGCCCCUAAGCCAUAAACAAGUUAAAGAUUUAGCAGAAUCCGUUCGGGCUUACGGAGUCAGUGCUAACUACACCUUAGCACAGAUUGAAAGGUUGACAGAGACAGCUAUGACACCUACAGAUUGGCAGUAUGUGACUAAAGCAUGCCUUACUAGCAUGGGACAAUAUAUAGAGUGGAAAGCGUUGUGGCAUGAUAUCAGCAUGACCCAGGCACGUGCAAACGCUGCCGAAGGGCAACCCGCGUGGUCGUAUGAUAUGUUGGCAGGCCAGGGACAGUGGGUGGCCAACCAGACCGCCUUCCCCGCACAGGUGUACGCACAAAUAAACGCGUGCGCUGCUAAGGCAUGGAAAGCCCUCACUAACAAAGGGGAAGUGUCAGGCAAUUUGACAAAGAUUAUCCAAGGGCUGAGCGAGCCAUUUUCAGAUUUCGUCGCUUGCAUGAUGGAGGCCGCGGAUAGAGUAUUUGGGGACCAAAAGCAAGCUAUGCCCCUGGUGGAGCAAUUAGUAUUCGAGCAGUGUACCAAAGAAUGCAGGCAAGCGAUAACACCCUGGAAACAGAAGGGGAUGCAUGCUUGGCUAAAAGCCUGCAGAGAAAUAGGGGGACCACUCACCAAUGCGGGCCUAGCCGCGGCUAUAUUACAAAGCCACAAACAAGCCAGAAUUACCAAUAAAAAUAUUAAAUGUUUUCAAUGUGGGAAAUUAGGACAUAUAAAGAGAGAAUGUAGAAGCCCAACUUUAGAGCACACGACCCAAAACCAAACCCCGUUGCCACAUGGAGAAACAGUCUACACAGAUGGAUCCAAGACAAGUACAGGUGCCUAUGUCCAUAAUGGCGAAGUUGUGACAAAAAACUAUACACCCAAUACUCCACAGAUAGUAUAA